AUGAUAAACAUAACUGUAAUAUUUUUAUUUAUAUAUCAUUUAGUAUUACUAAUAUUGGGGAUAAUAUUUUUUGAGAACUAUUUGUUUAAAGAUUUUGAUAACAGUUUUAGCUUAGUAAAAAUAAUAUUUUGUUUUUCUUUUCUUUUAUGUUUAUCUUUAUUAUCUAUGAUUAUGUUUGAGAUAUUGGGAUUUAUAACAACAUCAUUAAAAUUAUUUAUAUGGUAUAUAGAUAUAACAUUUUUAGUUUUAUUUAUUUAUUUAAUAAUACCUAUAAGUUUAAUAUAUACAUAUGUAACAUAUGAAGAUGAGAAGAUAUCAAAUAGUUUAUUUAAGUUUAAAUAUUUUUAUUCGGCUUUAAAAAAAAUGAAAAAUAAUAAAAAAAUAAAUAACAAUGAUGAAGAUAAAAGUGAUUUUAUGAGACGACUUGUAUAUGUUAGUGAAGACAUAAUAAAUAAAAUGAAUAAUUAUAAUUAUCAAAUAAAAAAUAGAAAUAAAAAAAAAAUAUUUAAAAUUAUAAUUGGGUGUAUAAUUAUGCUACCAUUGAUUUGGCUUACUCUUUAUAAAAUAUCGAUGGUUACAUUUAAAAGUAAUAGUGAUGUUCAUGAUAUAGAUGAUAUAUAUAAUAUAGACACUAUAUUAAAAGAAAAGUUAGAUAUAAUAAAUAAAGAAUUUGCUGAUGAAUAUGAUACUAAUAAUGAUAAAAAUAAAAAUAUUUUCUUUAUUAAAAUUAUGAAAAAUUUAUUAAUUUAUAUAUCUGUUACUGGAAUGACUAUAGUUAGUGCAUUAUCUGCUUUUACUAGUUUGUAUUCUCCAUACACAAAUAUUAGUAACUUUUUUUUCUUUGUUACAUUAAAAAAAGUUAAAGCCAUUGAAAAGAAGAUCAUUUUUAUAAAGGAUGAAUUGGCUUCAAAAAAAAAACUACUUUUACUAUAUCAAUACCCUCACUUAUUAAAUGAUUAUAUAAAAAAUAAAAAUAAAAAUGAAAAUGAAAACAAUUCAAUAUCCAAUUAUAAUGUAAACAAUUUAUACAACAUCAGUACUAACAUGCCACACCACAAUGAUUUAAAUCCGUAUAACAAUUUUGGUGAUUUUACAUAUCAAUAUCCAAACAUUUCAAAUACAAACAAUAUAAUACCUUAUAAAGAAAACAGAGAUGAACUAUUAAAUGGGUCUCCAAACAUUCCCUACUUUCAAAACAACAACCGAAUAGACAAUAUUAUUGACACUAACAAAUAUUACAAUAGUGACAAUAAUAAAAAUAAAUGUCAAAAAAUAGAUAAUGAUAUAGAAUAUAUAAGUUCAAAGCCUUUUAAAAAGUGUAACUUAUAUCUUGGUACACAUAAGUCAAUAUAUAAAGAUAUACAUGACACAUUUAUGAAAAAGGAAAAUGAAUUUUAUAAUAUAUUCAAUAAAAAUUGUAUAUAUAAUAAUGAUACAAAAGAAACUGAAAUUAUUGAUAAUGAAGAUGAAGAAAUCGAACAAAAUGCAACCAUAAAUUUUUAUGAUGAAGUAUAUAUUGAUAAACAAAUAAAUUUUAAAAGUCUUGAUGGAGGGUCUGGAAAGUUUAUUGAUAAAAACAUGAGUGGGAAUAACUUGUUAUAUAAACGGAAUGUAAAAUCGAGCAAUUACAUGGACGAUAAAGUAAAUAUAAAUUCCAGUUCUAACUUUAAUUAUUCACCAAGUAGUGAAAGUUAUAAAUACGAUGGAAUGGAUGGCGGAAGGGAAAUUAUAAGAUAUAACAGCUAUUGUGGUGGGUCACCAAAAAAUGAAAAUAAUGAACAUAAUAAUGAAACCGAUUUAGAUAGCGAUGAUAAAAACAAAAAAAAAAAUAAUUUUUUUUAUAAUAUGUAUUCAUUUAAAAAUGUGGUGAUAAAAAAUGAGGAUGUUCUUCCAUAUACUAACAAACAUAAGGAAGAAUUAUAUAUAAGUAAAAAAUAUAUCUCUAAUUUGCUUGUUAAUAGUUUACAAAAACCAUAUAGAACUUUAAAAAGUGUAAAAGAUUUUUUUACACAUAAUAUAAUUAGAAAUAAAAAUCGACAAAGUUUUGAAAAUAUAAAUAAACGAAGUAAAGAAGUGUUAGUACAAGAUAUAAAAACAUUAGAAUUUAUGUCAAAAAAAUUAUAUUUUUUAUUAGAUGAAGUUAUAAAAGAACAGAUAAGAAUAAAUAAAAGUAUAACAUUUUCAGGAAUGCUUUUAUAUUUAUUAGGAAUAAUUAUGUCGAUCUUAUGUUUAUACAAAAUUAUAAAAACUUGUUAUAUUAUAUAUAUGGUAGAGUUUCAUUAUAAGUUUAUUUAUACUUAUAGUAGUGGACACGCAUUAAUGCUAUUCUAUUCAAAAAAUAUGGAUUUUUCAUUUAUAAAUGAUUUAAAAAAUGUACUAAACAUUGUACAUAUAAAUAUAAAUUUAGAUAACUAUGUAGUAUCAAUCACAUCAAUAUUAUUAUUAUGUUUUAUAUUUACAAAUCUAAAAACAUUUAUGGAAAAAAUUAUAAAAUUAAGAUAUUCAACAAAAUCAUCUUUAUAUUCAAAUCUAGCUAUCUUAUUAAUGUGUGAAUUAAUGGGUUUAUAUUUCUCUGCUUACUGUAUACAAUUAUUUGAUUAUCUUCCCGUUAAAGAAAAAAUAAAAAUGAUAUAUAUUUUUUUUAAUAAUAAUAUUCUUAAUUUAUUUAAACUUAAAUAUCACUUUGAUUUUGUUUAUGUCGUAUCAUUGUUUAUUUCUUUGAUUCUGAUAAAAGUCCACCACAAACACAGGUCCGACAGUUUCAGUGAGUUGUAA